AUGCUUUUUUCACUGAACCGGUCACCUGCUACUUCCUGGACGGGAUCCUGAUUAUUUACUGCAUCAUUGCCACGGCUUUAUAUUUCAGAGAAAAGUUUUCCUACAUCCCUGUGGCUGUUUCUGCGUCUGAAGAGAAUGGAGGCAUUUACCAGGAGCUGGAUAGACCAAAGGAUUCUGAUCCUUACCAGGUGCUUGAACCAUUAAAGAAGAAAAAAGCUGGCAAGAAAAAGAAAGCAAAGCAGCCGAGCCCAGCUCAGGGGGAUAAAGACCCUUAUGAAUCAUUGAUGACCAGUCCUUCGGCACCACCACCACCUCUGUCUCCCCGCUGAUGUCCUGCUCUCCCGUGUCAAGAGACAGCAACACUCAAAGAUCUGAAACAAUUAGUUGAUUAAUCAGCUAAUAUUUUUAAAAUGAAUUAAUAGUAAAUAUCUGUUUUGGAAAGUUUGGACAAAAACAGUCAUUUGAAGACAACCCUGGGCUUUCAGUAUAUUGUAAUGAGCCUUUUUUUAAUCUAUUAUUUUAUUUACAUCAUAUUUCAUUUGUAUUGUAUUAAUCAAAAAUAAUGUUGUGUUAACUCCGCUGUAAGCUCAUAAACUCUUAGAGAUUAAACUCUUUAUUUCUGCAUUUACACAUCAUCCACACAUUGCUUUACAACAGUACAGCCAUGCUAGUGGCAGUGACAUUUGCCAAUCAGCACCAAACACAAAGUACAAGCUGGUAGCAAUGUCAUCAGUACUCAGUUAUACAUUUUUAAAAUUAUACCUUAUAUUAGCGCUAUGUGAACCUGUUAGCGAGGCUAAAAUAUAAUAACUGAUUGGGGCUUCAGGCUGCAGUAACUCAUCACAACAGUAUGCUCUGUCGUGUAACUGAAUACAAAUAAAAGACAAGGCACA